AUGGGAAGCAUAGCACCAGUCAAUCCUUUUGAAGACAUCCCCGUGGGCCGAAAGGAGCCCCUCGAGGCCCUCGUCACGCAAUUCCGAGCUGAUACCGAUCCCAAUCGGACAAGUCUGCUCGUGGGCGUGUAUAAGACCGAUGAAGGGAAAGCAUACGUGCUCCCAAGUGUCAAACAGGCCAAGAAACGAAUCUUCAAUGAUCCCGAAUGGCAUCAUGAGUACCGACCUUCUGCUCAAGGCUCCCAAGCUUACAGAGACUUGAGUACCAAGCUGCUCUUUGGUCCAGAUCACCGCCUCGUGCGCGAGAAAAGGAUCGUGUCGACGCAGACACUCGGCGCAAGUGGCGGAUGCCAUGUUGGUGCGGCUCUUCUGAAGAGCCACUACGGGCCGUGGAAACAGAGCGGAAAUGCCGAGAUCUUCCUUCCCAGCGAGACCUGGUUGAACCAUCCUUAUGUGUUCCAGGCUGUAGGGAUCAAGACCAGUUUGAUUCCGUACUUCAGCAGCAAGACGAACUCGUUUGAUUUCGAGCAGUUUGCCGACACCCUCAGAUCCUUGCCGCCUCAGUCUGUGAUUCUCCUUCAAUCUGGAGCUCAGAACCCAACCGGGAGUGACCCAACAUUGGACCAAUGGCGAGAGCUAGCUUCUAUCUUCUCUGCACGGGGUCAUUUGGCAUUUUUCGACGCUGCGUAUCCCGGCUUUGCAUCGGGAGACAUUGACGAGGACCUCGCAAGUGUUCGGCUUUUCGCCGAGCAAGAGAUCCCCUUGGUGUUUAUUUCCACUUACGGAAAAUCCUUUGGGCUUUACAGUGAGCGAGUUGGAAUUCUCUCCGUACUCGCUUCCAACGAGGAAGUUGGGAAGAGAAUCGAAACACAGUUGAAACUACUAGCACGCGCCGAGACUGGUUCGCCGCCUGAUUUUGGAUCUAAGAUUGUCGAGACGGUUCUAUCGGAUGAGGUCUUGGAGCGCCAGUGGCGAGGAGAAGUGCGCGAUAUGGCCAAUCGACUUAAGCAUCGUCGACGUGCGCUGAGAGAAGGAUUGGAGAAGUUGGAGACACCAGGUAACUGGGAACAUCUCACUGAUCAGAAUGGAAUGUUCUCAUACGUUGGCCUCUCCGUGGAGCAAGUCACUCUCCUGCGGGAGAAGUAUCAUAUUUAUCUUCAGGACUCCGGGAGAAUUUCUAUUGCUGGGCUAAACGAUUUUAACAUUGACUAUGUUGUUCGCAGUAUCAGCGAGGUUGUUAAAGCGACUAAAUCUUGA